CUUCUCUCCUUUCCUCUGCACUAAACUCUAACGUGCGGAGAAUCGGAAUCGUGUUCUUUACGCUUUCUCCAUCAUCUCUGAGCCGGAAGUUUGUACCGGCGGCUAAGCUAUGGGAGCUAGCGGUAGAUGGAACGAUGGGAUCGUCACGAGCUAUUACUCUGCCUCGUCUCUGGCUCUGGACCGCCGGCUCUCCAAGUGCGUUCGCGACAAUGUCCAUGGCAACAUCUACCUAGAUAAGCUUUCUUUGAAGUUUGUUGACACCGAACAGUUUCAGAGACUUCGUGAACUAAAGCAACUUGGUCUGACACAUUAUGUUUAUCCUGGAGCUGUGCACUCUCGCUUUGAGCACUCACUGGGGGUUUAUUGGCUUGCUGGUCAAGCUAUUCAUACCAUUAAUGCUCAUCAAGGCUUAGAGCUUGGCAUUGAUCGCUUUGAUAUCCAGACAGUGAAACUAGCAGGAUUACUGCAUGAUGUUGGACAUGGGCCAUUCAGUCACUUGUUUGAGCGCGCGUUUCUUCCACGGGUCAAUGUUAAUUGGUCUCAUGAAGACAUGUCUGCAAAGAUGAUAGACUACAUUGUUGAUGUGCACCACAUUGAAAUAGAUGCUGAAGUCGUCAAGAAAGUGAAGGAAUUGAUUGUUUCUAGCUUGGAACAUGCUUCCGAGAAAAGUGUGAAUGAAAAACGGUUCUUGUAUGACAUUGUUGCAAAUGGUCGAAAUGGAAUAGACGUAGAUAAGUUUGAUUACAUUGUCCGUGAUUCACGAGCUUGUGGUUUAGGAUGUAAUUUUGAGUUUCAGAGGUUAAUGGAAACAAUGAGAGUUAUAGAUGAUGAGAUAUGCUAUCGGGCAAAGGAUUAUCUGACAGUCCAAAAAUUGUUUUCUACUCGUGCUGAUUUACAUCGAACAGUCUAUAUGCAUGCAAAAGUAAAGGCAAUAGAACUCAUGGUUGUCGAUGCCCUGACAAAAGCAAAUGAUAAUCUGGGUUUAGCAUCCUCGAUUCAAGAGCCAGAAAAAUAUUGGAAGUUAGAUGACUCCAUACUGAAACGGAUUGAAACUUCUGACAACCAAGAGCUCAAGGAAGCAAGAGAUCUAAUUCUACGAAUACGGAGAAGAGAUCUAUACCAGUUCUGCAAUGAGUUUUCUGUUCCAAAGGAUGAGCUAGAGCACUUCAGAAACGUUACUCCCCAAGACAUUGUUUGCUCUCAGGUAAAUGGUGGCGUCACACUAGAAGAGGAAGAUGUUGCUGUGAGUAAUGUCAAAAUUGAUCUGACUCGAGGAAGGAAGGACCCUCUCGAAAGCAUCAAUUUUUUCAAGGAUUAUGAGAGUAAUGACAAGUUUUUAAUUCAAAAUGAUCGUAUCAGUCACUUGCUGCCUGGAUUUUAUCAAGAUAUGAUUGUGAGGGUGUACUCUAAGAAGCCAGAACUGGUCGAUGCAGUUUCGAAGGCCUUUGAAAAUUUUCAGGUGAAGAAGUAUGGGAGGAAAGCACAGGUACAUGAAACACCUGAGAAGAAGAAACACCGUAGGUAGUUGCUUUCCGGCGUCUUGUCCUGCUUGCUGGUUGCUAUCAGUUGCAAAUGUACAUACAAGUGGCAUAGAGAGCUAAGAAAAGAAAUCAGCAUGCAUUUACCUAUCUCUAUAUAUAGUUGGCCACUGCAGCUAAAUAUUUUCAGACUAAACAUGUACUGAGUAGUGACUAGUGACAGUUGAGUAGUGUUAUAUGAUAAUUGAUACAUAAAUGGUUUAUGGAUAC